AUGUCUGAUCAUUUUCCUCCUCAAGUUAUCGUCAAAAUCCUGAAACGAUGUCAAGUACCCACCAUCCUUCGUUGCAGGUGCGUCUCCAAACAAUGGCGGGCCAUGAUUGAUGAACCAGAUUUCAUCAAACAACAUAUAGAUUACCCUAGCGGCGCCAACACCAAUUUCUCUCUGUACAUCAAAGAAAGUUGGCUCUGCAAACCGAAUUUGUCUUAUCGGCAGAUGAUGCUGCAUCAUGGGUUCUUAGUUGGUUCUUGCAAUGGUUUGGUUUGUCUACUGCAACGAACAUAUAGUGCAGUAAUCAUCAAUCCAUCAACUCAAGAACAGAUGUUCAUUUCAGGUACUUUGCCCAUUUUUUUCUUUGAGCAGGAUGAUGAAGUUUUCAAGUGUGAUUAUUAUGGCGAGAUGACCGGUUAUGGUUUCGGAUAUGAUAAUGUUACUAAUGAUUAUAAGAUUGUCGGAAUUGUCGAAACAUCCGCUAUAGUGAGAUUGGUCAUCUAUCUUGUGAAAAAAAGAGAGACGAAAGUGUUUGAAAUACCUUACUUAAUUGACAAUAAAACUUACUAUUAUAACUAUUUUAUGGGAGUGCAUACUGGGGGAGCUUUGCAUUGGGUAGUUUGUAGAUUCGACGAUUCAACGAGAAAAAAGAGGGUGAUUUUGGCUUAUGAUGUGGGGACUGAUGAGUUGCGAGAGCUGCCCCAGCCGGAUUAUUCUGCAUCUGAUUGUUAUAUCAACAUCAGUUUGUUGGGAACGUGGCUAUGCUUAUGUGCUAACUAUGGAAAUCAAGGACUGGAUUUUGAUGUUUGGGUUAUGAAAGAAUAUGGGGUUAAGGAGUCUUGGACUAAACUCUUUUCAAUUCCUUUUGCUACAUUUAUGAAUCUUGGUAUUCGGGAGAUGAGGCCUUUGGGAUAUUCUGAAAAUGGCUCUCAAAUAUUGUUGGAACUGUAUGUGAGCUAUAGCAAAAUAAGACUUGUUUGGUAUGAUAUUGAGGAAAAAAGAGUUGGAGAAACACAGAGGGAGGGUAAAUUUGAAUCUAUCGUUUAUUUAAGAUCUUCUAAUCGGCUUUCAUCCAUGAUCCGUUGA